UUAGCCAUUGUUUAGCUUUAGAGGGGGGGGGGGGGGGGAAACCCAGCUUGAAUCAGUAGAACCGGUGUACGUUUGAAGAAUCGUGAAAGCGAUGAUCUGCAAGGAAUUUUCUACAUCCGGGAGGAACGUAAAGUUUAAAUAUAAAUCAUGACAGCAAUAUAAAGCUUUUUUUUAUUGUACUUUAUAGCAACCAAAUUUCUCUCAACAUUAUGACAGAAAUAAUACACUCAAAAUACUCAUCUUCUCUCGAUAAGAGUGUCAUCUAAAAGCCGGCAAAAAGAACUCAAUGCCACGCACGACAGCUAACCCACCCAAAGACCCUAACGGAGGUGAAUGACUGUUUUGUUGUUGUUUUCAAAAACCUGGUGUGUCCUUCGCCCUUAAAGACGGCACGAGCACCAACGGGCUUUCGGUCAUGCUGGGCCUCCCGGCGUAGUACGCAGAUGAGUUUUCAAUGUCAAAGACGUGGUAGUAUUUAUGGCGCCACUAGAGCACUACAGUUGUCUAGAUAAAGAAAAGGAUUCGGAUUUUAUAAUAAACAUUCGCCGGAGUAUAUCAACUUUCCCUUUGUUUGCUUAAACAAUAAAUUCUUCUUCUUUCAUUCCAUAUUCUCUUCUCCUGUUUGAGAAAAGAAAACUCUUACCUUUUAAAAGCAAUAAGUCAGUUUUUUUAUCGCUACAUAUUCAUUAUACACCCAAGAUGGGAAACAUACCGGCACAUUUUGCAGCAGAAAUGAGAAACAGAUUAUGCAGAAUGAUGGACAAGAUUCACCCAUUCGGAACCGGUUUUCUGAUAUAGUGUGUCUUUUUUUUUGUUUGUUUGGUGCGCGAGAUCGUUGCUUAUAAAUGCGUCUUGUUUAGUGUUUUUGUUGUGUCUGUUUAUCUACUUCGUUUUCUGCGAUUCUCGCCGGCGAAAUCUCUUCUACGGGGGGGUGUCGCGAUCGCACGACAAUUCGCGGUCGUGUCUUGGGCGCUCUUCGCGAUCACCGUCUGCUCGUAUAAAACAACAUCACCGGUGGCGGUUCCGUUCCAUUCUCGCACUUAACGUCCGAACGGAUCGAGCUCCGUGCGUAAACUUCUGUUUGAGUGUGUAUUUGUGUAUUGUAUUCUAUAAGAGAAUCUAUUCGAACGCUACUAAAUUUGUGAGCUGCAGUGUUCGCCUGAGCGAAACGAUUGAAGCGCAUGCGGUUAUUUUUAUGCGUCUUCAGUUUCUGCUCAGCUGUUCAUCAUUCCGGUGUGUUUGAAGCGUGGUGAUAUCAUUCGCAAUCAUUUAGCUCACGCCUAAAAUAACGUUAAACUGUGUGCAGUGCAAACGAAAGCUUUCAAGUGAGAUGAAUCCCGCGGGCAACGAUAGGCAAAGAAGGUAAUUAAGCAAAAUGAAGUUUCUUAUGUUGUGUACGUUAGUAGCCGGUGCUGCUGCAGGAUACUCCAACACGAACUAUCGGGAUGCAAAAGCGACAGGUCUCUAUAAUCAAGUCUCCGCUGGAACCGAUUAUGCUGACAAGUUCCCCCAUGGUAACACAGGUUAUAAUGGCGGCUACACGACACACUUUUCCGGACCGAACGGUGCUGGUGUGGCGGUCGGUACCGGUACCGGCAACUUUGGACCCGGAUUCGGCGGUUUCCCCGGCCCGACUGUAGACUUCAACAACUUCUUCCAGGGCAUUCAGGCCAACUUUGCAAACUCGAUGACGCAAUCGUAUUCGGGUCCGGGAGCGAUGGCAUCAGCGUCAGCAUCACUGCUGAAUCCCGCCUGGCGAAGACCGACGCAUCAACAGAACAACUUGUACCAACAGCAGUUUGCUCUGCAGCAGGCAUUGUUCCAGCAACAGCAGGCCGCCUUCAAUGCGGUUCCCUUCGGAGCAGGCGGUUUCGGAGGUGCCGGAGCAGCUGCUGGAGCAGGUGCUUUCCCGGUGUACGGACCCAACUUUGCUAGCGGUACCAACUACGUGAACACUCGUUAUCCCACCGGCAACUUUGGUGCACCGAAUGUGGCCAGCUCUUCUGCUUCCUUUGGACCGGGUGGAUUCCAUCAGACGGCUUCCGUCUAUCCAAACAAUCCGGCCGUACCGAAUAUUGACACUCGUUUCGGUGGAUCGGAACAAUCGACCAGCUUCCAGAGUGGCAAACCAGGAUUCGUCGGAGUGUCCAGCUUCUCUUCCUCCUCCAACAUUAAUGGCCAGACGCACCGUGAAGCCGUAACGUCGGUGAAUGAUAAUGGCAAAGUGACGACCCAUCGUGUCCACUCCUAAACUGCAUCAAACCGUUUCGCCGACAUUCGACGUGUCCCAAGGUGCUAACGAAACGCCUUAACAUUGGGAGACAGGUAGACGAUAUAGAGUACACAAUCACGACUACCCUCUGAGUGAGCUGCUUCCUUUACGGAUGCCAACAAAAUCACAAACAAACACACAGAAAAAAAAAACUUCUCGGCAAACACCUCUCAGGAUUGGACGGAACGUAUGGCGAAUGCUGCUGUGGCUCUGCGCGAGGAGUAGCGAGGAAGCUAACGGCGAUAGUCAACCGGACAUUAAACGUGUGUUGCGAUCAAGAGGUACUUAUGCUAACAAUUUUACUUUUAAUACAUUUUGAGCAUUUUAAUAAUUAUUGUAUAUGUACUUUUCCGCUGUAUGGUGGUUGAGAAUAAAACAGAAGCGAUAAUAUGAAGCUGAAGUGGGCUGAUGUUGUUUUGUUUCAUUAUUUGGAUUACUCGGUUAAGGACUCAAACUUGCGAUAAUUAUCGCAUUGUGUAUGCCUCCAGCAAUAAGCAUUUCAACGAAAGUAAACAGUCGGACCGGGAUCGAUAUACGAAAUCGAUCGAGCUUGCGCUGUUUCACCGCAGAGGGGUGUUUGGAAUUUGGAAGCGAUACACGGACUUUAGUCGCACCGCUAGCAAAAGGGAAUUUUGUAGCUGUUGGAACAAAAAAUAUAAGUUGUUAAAAGAUUUUGUAAUGUUCGCGUUUGUUAAGAAAGAAACGGUAUCUGUUGCUGCGCCGCUGCAGAGCAACUACCGUCAGGCCAGUUGGUAACUGAAAGCAAAUGUUUGUAGUUCUCAGCUUCGAUCGUUGUGAAAGAUAUUUUGAAUGGAGAAGUUCCCUUAGAUUGUACAAAAACCAGUGUGUUUUAAACAGUAGAUCGGCACUCGAUGUUCACAGCGUUUAGUAAAAUACCAAAUUGUCCUAAUGUUUCGAAAAACUCGGCAACAACGGCUCAGUCAACUUUGUGGAAACAUUAGUUGCCAGAGCAGCUUUGACAUUUCGCGCUGAUCGCCACUUACGACCCAAAGAUGAACCGACGAUAGCCUGACACACCUACCCGAACGACGAUGGGUUUACCAACCCAUAAAGAAAUCGUCAGUUGCUUGGUCACGAAGCUUCACGUCCUUGGGCAAAUCUAAUGGGGAAAUAUGUCUUCCGGGAACUCAUGCCCCACCAGGAAGGUGCUCGUCAGCGAUACGUUCGGCAUGUGGCGGCGAGGAGCACAGCGAGCUUUCUUUGGCUGGAUCAGGUGAAAUCAAACCUGUCGGAAAACGGUUGCAACCGUGGAUCGAGGAAUGCAGCCCUGGGGCGAGUUUCCUGGAAACGGAUUGGCGAACAGGCCAUGUCCUCGCAACGUGCUCGACCAUGAGCAGGCCAGAAAUGAGGAUGAUGUCUUUCGGGGAACUGUAUUUUGUUUACCCUUACGCACAACCUUCUCCACUCAGGACCAGUAGAAUAGAUUUCGCAGAACCAGCCUUCUCUAAACAAACAAAUCAAAACAGUGAUUAUUGCAUCAACAAAAUUGCACAUCUAAUGAAGUUGAAGGGCUACGCAGCAAUGGAUUGAGAUGAAAUUGUAAAGCCGAUCAGUAUCAGUUAAAGACUAUCAUAGACCCUGCCUUCCUGCUAGUGGGUUUUACCGUUAUUGAACCAAUCCCAUGUUCUAACGAAUCCUGAUAACGUUCGAUCGAUCAUCAAUAUGAUUUUAUGUCAUCUCGCUAGAGCUGCUGACUACGAACAUGCGAACCAACUAGAACGUGUCCUUCGGAAAUCCAUCGUGCACUAUAACAUCACGCACCAGCACUAUAAAAGUUUCAGUUCUCGUCGAAUAGUUCAACCGAGUGGAGCAUUACAAACCUUCUAGAAUCAUUCUAGAGUGAUAAAGAAGAGAAACAAUCUGCCAAUCUAAGCAACAUGUGGAAGAGUGUAGUGUGUGUAACCCUGUUACUUGGAUACUGUUAUGCAGGUGUCAUUUCUAGGGAUGAGGAUACGUCAGUGCAUAACGAUGCGGCAGACACUGCUAUUAACGCUGCCGAUGGUGCAAGUAAUGCAGAACCGGUUGGGCAGGACAUUGUGGGAGCCGCAUCCAUCGCAAAAGUAGAAGAUCAUCCCAGAGCUGCACGAAGCACGCAUUAUUCGACUAGUUCAAUGCAACUGUACAAAACCGCAGAUUCCGCUUAUGCCAGAUCAGGUGCAGCAAGUGCACGUGCUUCGUCAAGCACUACACACGUCAAAGUUAGGAAAAAUUCUGUCACUUAUAGGGGCUAACAACUUGAACGACAACUUGAACUUUGCAGUUUAGAAAUUGGGUAAUGGAUAUUUUCCUGGAAAACUGCAGGAUUUAACUAAGAAAAAGCAAACAUACCAACUUCCAAAACACCUUUAAUUCGGCAAUAAAAAUAGCCAAAGUCGCAAAUUAUGAUAAAA